AUGCACGUACGUGUGGACAAGCAUGAGCACGAAGGUGAGGAAGAAGGCGAGGAUGACGACAGCAGACGGAAGUGCGUGUACGAGGGAGGUCAGGUAGGCUCAAUGGAUUCGAGCACAAGACCAAGCGCGGAUGUGGUGCGACCUGUGCACAGGAGGGACCUCAUGGGUAGCAGCAGAGCGUCGACCGUGGUUCAAGGAGGGGAACCCGUACCCAAUAAAAGGAGAGAGGAUCAUGCCGACCAUCAUCAUGGAGAUGGCUCUGGCCCGAGUGUCCACGCAGUUCGCGAGCGCGCGAGGGCGAGCGAAGGGAAAGAACUAUAUGACGUGGAAACCGUGAAAGGUGAGAAAUAUUUGGAUUCCUGUCAUGUAGUGAACGAGGAGCCCGACGCUGUCCAGAAUAAGAAGGCAGGAUUGAGCGGGCUGCUGCAUGCAAGCGACGACGAGGAGAUACAGGAUGUGCUUCCGGCACAACAAGCGAUGACGAAAGGAACGAUGAGCAACAAUGUGGUCAAUGGAAAGACCGAUGUUGCGAACGACGAUGAAGAUGAGAACGAAGACGAGGACGAGGACGAGGACGACGAAGACAAGAAUGAAGACAAGAACGGAGACAAUAAUGAAGACGAGGAUGAAGGCGAGAGCGAGAACGAGAACGAAAACGAGAACGAAGGCGAGGGAGAAUAUCACGAGGGUAAGGACGAGGCCAAGGACGAAGGAAGCGCGGCUGGGGGCGAGGGCGAAGAUGCUGAGGGGGGCGAUGGUGCGGACGACGGGAAUGCGCCACAGCGAAGACAAACAUAA